AUGGUCGCACCUGCAAUUCGAGUGGCCCCGUCGGCUGCCAACCGCGCGCUGAAUCUAUUGCGCACGGUGCAAUACACCCACCCACCCAAUUGCCCUUGCCACUCCAAUUCCAAUCAUCACCACCACCACAAGACUCCGUCGAUGUUGAAAAAUGUCCGUCGUCAUCUGGCCACUCCCGUGGAUCCUUCGCGCGAAAAGGAGUAUGCCUUUGAAAUGGCCGCAUCCAGUAUUCGGUUUGGACCUGGAUCUACCAAGGAGGUCGGCAUGGAUUUCACAAACAUGGGUGCCAAGCGAGUUUGCAUCGUAACCGAUUCCAAUGUGGCCAAACUAGAUGCCAUGAAGCAAGCUGUUGAAGGACUCACGCGAGAGGGCAUUCAAUUUACCAUUUUUGACAAGGUCCGGACGGAGCCAAAGGACAGCUCUAUUAGAGAAGCUAUUGCAUUUGCGAAGCCGUAUAAACCCGACGCCUUCCUUGCCGUCGGUGGCGGAUCUGUCAUUGACACCGCGAAACUCAUGAAUCUGUACACCGUUUUUCCGGAAGCCGACUUUAUGGAUUUCGUCAACGCCCCACUUGGCAAGGGCCUCCCAGUGACCAAACCGCUGCUCCCUCUUGUCGCAGUGCCCACCACCGCAGGCACAGGCUCCGAGACAACCGGAACAGCCAUCUUUGACCUGGUAGAGAAGAAGGCCAAGACGGGCAUUGCACACCGCGCCCUCAAGCCCACACUGGGAAUCUGUGACCCCCUUAAUACUCGUACAAUGCCCUCGGCGGUCCACGCUGCUUCCGGUCUUGAUGUGCUCUGCCACUCACUCGAGUCGUGGACCGCAAUCCCAUAUAACGAGCGCACGCCACGCCCCACAAAUCCCAUCAAUCGCCCUGCUUAUCAAGGUGCGAACCCUAUCUCCGAUAUUUUCUCCCUCGAAGCCCUGCGCAGCACAGUCAAGUAUCUUCCUCGCGCCGUGAGAGACCCCGAUGACCACGAGGCGCAGUCCAACAUGCUUCUCGCGGCGACUCUGGCCGGUGUUGGGUUCGGUAAUGCAGGUGUACACCUGUGCCAUGGCAUGAGUUACCCGAUUUCUAGUCAGAACCCUGGCUACAAGCACAGCGGUUACGAGGUUGAUCACCCAAUAAUUCCCCACGGUGUUUCCGUCGCCGUAACCGCGCCCGCUGUGUUUAGGUUCACGGCUGCAUCAAAUCCGGACCGUCACUUGGCUGCUGCUGAAGCAUUUGGCGUGGAUAUUACAAAUGUAAAGCGCGAAAGCGCGGGUGAGGUUCUUGGGGCUGCCAUUGCCGAGUUCUUGCUUAAACUGGGUGAUCAACCGCGUGGUUUGAAGGGGCUGGGAUUCAAAUAUUCGGACCUUGAUGGCUUGGUUGAGGGGACUAUUCCGCAAAAGCGUGUGCUGAUGCUAGCCCCGAAUUUGAGCGAGGAGCUUCAAGCAGAGAAGGAGGAGCUGAGGCAUCUUUUGGAGGAGUCUUUGGACUACUAG